AUGAAGAGCACCUCUGGUUAUGCCUUCUCACUUGGAUCAGGAAUAUUUUCUUGGGCAUCAAAAAAGCAAGCAACAGUUGCACAAUUAACCGCAGAGGCAGAAUAUGUUGCAGCAACUAAAGCGACAAGUCAAGCAAUUUGGCUACGAAGAAUACUUGCAGAAAUGGGAGAACAACAAGAUGGGCCUACUACAAUCUACUACGAUAAUAAAUCAGCAAUAGCAAUGACAAAAAAUCCACCGCCUCCUCCCACUCCCAAUCCCAAUCCCAAUCCCACCCAAUCCCUUUCUCCCAUCCACCAAACCCUAAACCUCAUGCUCUCCUCUAGCCUCGCCCCCGACGCUGCCACCGUCGACAUCACCGUUCGCGCCCUAUGCUCCGCCUCCCGCCUCGACCACAUCGUCCAAUUGCUCAAGGAAUUCGCCUCCAAGCACUGCCCCCCAGACACCUUCACCAUCAACCACCUCCUCAAGCACCUCUGCAAGUCCCGCCCCCUCUCCUCCAUCUAUGCCUUCAUCGACGAGAUGUGCUACGACUUCGCCCUCAAGCCCGACCUCGUCACCUACACCAUUCUCAUUGACAACGUUUGCAACUCCAAGAACCUCCGAGAGGCGACGCGCCUCGUCGUCGUCCUCCACCGCGAGGGCUUCAAGCCCGAUUGCUUCCUCUACAACACCAUCAUGAAAGGCUAUUGCGCCCUCAGCAGGGGGAGGGAGGCCAUCGAGGUUUACAACAAGAUGAAAGAGCAAGGCGUGGAACCUGACCUCGUCACCUACAACACCUUGAUCUUUGCCUUGUCCAAGUUCGAGAGGGUUUCCGAGGCCAAGAAGCUUCUACGCGCAAUGGCUGAGGCUACGAAUGCUAGGAGGGAUGCAUAUCAAGAAACUGUUAGGCGUGGGAAAGUUGAAAAUGAUGCCAUUGAUGCUAUUCGCAGGGCUAAAGCCGCUGAAAACUUGUAUAAAGAAGAGCUGGAACUGAGGAAAGAACUAGAGGAAGAAGAAAAGAAAGCAAAUGAAGAACUUGUAUAA